AUGAUUGACUAUGUAACUGGUGAUCAAUUCAACCUCCAGCUGAUCGCGGUGGCCUCGCCCUGCAGCGACUUGAAGCAGGGUUUCAGUUCCUGGCCAGAGACUGAGGUUGGGUCUCGUCAUUCAGAGCACCAGAUCCUAGCACUGACCAGUGCCUCCAUGGGCCACGCGGGUCCAGGCAGACCGAGCACCACCCACCUCCAAAGCCUCCUCCAGCUGUGCCGGCCCCUGCAGACACACCCAUGGAAGCCAGCGCCCCAGCCAGCCUGUGCACACCAGCCUGCAGUCCACGUGCAGGGGCAGGAGCCGCUGACCGCCUCCAUGCUGGCCGCAGCACACCCACAGGAACAGAAACAGAUGCUGGGUGAACGUUUGUUCCCUCUCAUCCAGACGAUGCACUCAAACCUGGCUGGGAAGAUUGCGGGGAUGCUGCUGGAGACUGACAACUCGGAGCUGCUGCACAUGCUAGAGUCCCCCGAGUCUCUCCGCUCCAAGGUGGAUGAAGCUGUGGCGGUCCUACAGGCUCAUCAUGCCAAGAAAGAAGCUGCCCAGAAGGUGGGCGCUGUUGCUGCUGCUACCUCUUAGACAAGGAC